UGGCUGCACUGCGUUACACUUGCAGUUGUUUGUGAAACUUCUUACCGUGUCGGUGGUGUCACGUGUUGCAGCACAAAAUAGUUAUAUUUAUUACAAAAUGAAUAAAAAAAUUUUUCAUCGCGUACAAAAUCCCCGUCUAAAAGUACCGGAUAAAAUUUAUGAAGGGUACGGAUAUUGUAUGUAUCAGACUGUUGGCAGUUACAUUCGAUGUUUUGAACGUUAUGCGUACAGUUGUGAUGCACAUGGAAAAUUAGUUAAUAAUCAACCUGUGUUAUCUAAAGGCCAUAAUCACGAAGCAGAUCCUAAACUGCAUCUUUAUGUUACUUUUCAACAUGCAUUAUUCGAGGCUACCGUUUCACGCCCCUUUCGAUCCUUCCGAUUAAUUUAUGAUCAACUCAGUGUGGUGCAUUAUGAAGCUGCUGUAAAAUUCACUUGGGCCAAAAUGAAGCCAGUUAUGGAAAACUGGCGCCGCCGUGAACAGCCUCGGCGUCCACCAACUCCUCAAAAUUUGCAAGAAUUUUCUAAUUUAUUAAGCAUGCCCCAAUGGUCACAUUUUUUGACAUAUCCUCAUGGUCAAUUGAAAGUUGUUACUCUUACUUCAACUGAUGAUUCGUUUUUAACAAUUAUUUGUAACGGUGACUUCUUGAAAUCAGUUAAUACAUCAAUGCUUUUUAUGGAUGCAACUUUUAAAAUUACUCCAAGGAAGCCAAAUAUUUAUCAAGUGUUUACAGUUCUUGGCUUGAUAGACGACCAUCAG